CGCGGUGAGCUCUCAGUCUGAUCAGGAGGCAUCUGGCCACUUUUCCCUUCUCCCUUUUCUCUCGCAUAGUUUUAACUCAGACAGUAAGAUCAUCUUUUUCAAGUGUUUUUUGUCCUCUUGAUAAGUUUUGAUGGUGAUCCACAUCGGACAGUGAACGGUGAUGGCAGACUCUGAUGCGCAAGAGACUCGCCAACCCGCAAAGGACUCGCCGUUCUCCAUCAAGAACCUGCUGAACAUCGAAGACAAACCCACGAAGCCGAAAACGUUCCUCGGCUCAUCCAAAGGAGUGUUUGAGGGCAGCUUCUUCUCUCGGCUCGGUGACUUGUCUUUCCCUCGGUUUGAGUUGCCCACACAGAGAAUUGGACUAUCGGCGCAGUAUUUGGAGAGAGCGUCUACCUGGUGGUACCCAUACACACUCGGGACUCAUCUGAGGACUGGAGGGUCUGAGAAGGCCAACCUAAGGGAAGCAUCACCGACUCCGGACAGGCGCUCCCCGGAUCUCCCAAAAAGUGACCAAGAUGCCAAAGAGGAAAGCGCCGACGACGACAUCGCGCUGGAUGACAGUGACUCUGAGGAGCCAAAGAAAGAAAUAGACCAGGAGGAUGACUGGAGGCGGAAAACGGACGAGCUGGACUCCGAGAGGAAGCCGUGUCGGAAGAAGAAGACGCGCACGGUGUUUUCCAGGAGUCAGGUCUUCCAGCUGGAGUCCACCUUCGACAUCAAGCGCUACCUGAGCAGCUCGGAGCGGGCAGGCCUGGCCGCGUCCCUGCACCUGACGGAGACGCAGGUGAAGAUCUGGUUUCAGAACCGGAGGAAUAAGUGGAAACGGCAGCUGGCCGCGGAGCUGGAGGCGGCCAACCUGAGCCACGCGGCGGCGCAGAGGAUUGUGCGGGUUCCGAUACUUUACCACGAGAACGGAGCCCCGGAAACGGCCGGGGGCCCCGCUGCAAACUCACCGGGCAGCCAGUCGCUCCUGGCUUUCCCCCAUCACAUGUACUAUUCCCACCCGGUCCCACUGCUGAGGCCUGUUUAA